AUGACAGAAACAAAUUAUUUUAAAUCAUUAGCAGAUUAUGAUGAAAAGAAGCUAAAUAUUGUAUUUUUUGGUACUGCGAUCUUCGAUGACCUAAUGGCACGACUAACGUCUUUGUUCAAUGUAGCUAUUUUCGAUGGUUGUAAUAUGCCACCAGUCAUGGAGGAAUUCCACAGAGCACUCUCUGAAUCUCAUGGUUCGAUAGGAACUAAUAUUAAGUUUGAUAAAGCACUACUCAAUCAAUACUGUCAGAAGCUUAGAGUUAUCUCAACAAUUUCGGUUGGUUAUGAUAACUUUGAUGUACCUGAAGUGACAAGACUUGGAAUACCUCUGAUGAAUACACCAGAUGUUCUAACAGAGACAUGUGCAGACACUGCAUUUUGUUUGAUAAUGGCAAGCGCAAGACGUUUGUUAGAACUAGCGAACCGUAUGAAAAGAGGAGAAUGGACCGGUCCAAUAGGUGUCAACUGGUUUGGCUCGGAUUUUCAUUCAAAGACUCUGGGAAUCUUGGGAAUGGGUAGAAUUGGUAUUGCGAUCGCAAGAAGAGCCAUUGGAUUCCAGAUGGAUGUGCUGUAUACCAAUAGAUCAGAGUCUGUCGACGCAGCAUCUGUCAAUGCGAGACGAGUUGAUUUGGAUAGCUUGUUGAAGCAAUCCGAUUUCUUGGUGAUUGCAGCUCCACUUACUACGGAAACCUAUCACAUCAUUGGAAAAGAACAACUGUCAAAGAUGAAGAACACCGCGUUUCUCAUUAAUAUUGCUAGAGGUCAGUUAGUAGAUGAACCAGCAUUGGUGGAAGCGCUUCAAAACCGAGUGAUUGCAGGUGCUGGAUUGGAUGUUUUCGAAAAGGAGCCACUGUCGAUGGACUCACCACUGCUAACUAUGGAUCAAGUCGUAGCAUUACCACACAUCGGUAGUGCAACUCAUCAAACAAGACAUGCAAUGGCAGAAUGUGGAGUAAACAAUUUAAUUCGAAUUUUAACAAAUACACAACAUGGUACAAAGAAUUGUACAUUCACAUCUUCUCAAUAUUCAGAGAAUUAA